AUGCGGAAUCUGGCUUUUAAAAUAAUGCAGAAGCACAUCAACCUCAAAGGUCCCAAGGAAGUGGAGAUCAAAUGCCCCUUGAAUCACAUUGCUUGCAGUGGCUCCAACGCAUGUGUCCAUUUGUCACAACUGUGUAAUGGAGUGGUCGACUGCCCAGACGGCUUUGAUGAAGGAGGGCAUUGCCGGGAAUUGUUACCCAGUUGUCAGCAGUUGAAUUGCCAGUUCAAAUGUGCAAUGGUCAGAAAUGCUACAAGAUGUUAUUGUGAGGAUGGAUUUGAAGUAACAGGAGAUGGGAGAAGCUGUAAAGGCAAGUAUGAACUGUGACUGUCUUUGCAUUGGUUGGCACGCCAUUAUUGCAUGCAAGCAUAUAAAAUAAGCAGAUUAGGAAUUUGGAAGCUGGAUUUUGCCUCACUCUCUUGAGGCUUCAGAUCCUCUUUAUCAAGAUUCAUGUAUUCGGACAUGAGGACAUGAUAAACAAAGUCUGUUUCCCUGUGCCACGAACACAUAGAGAACUGGAAAUGAAGUCACACAAUCCCUUUCAAGAGCAAUCUUGUUCACUACAGACUGCCAAAUAGGCCCUAGUGCUUUAAUUGCUUUGCUACUUCACAAUAAUACCAUGGACCAAGUUUGUUCCUUGACACACCAAGUACAGUCCAA